GAAACCUUCAUCUCUGAUACUUUCAGUCUAUUAAGAAGGUUUUGUACUGCAUGCUGCUGCUUCCACCAGGGACAGAGGCAGGUUGAGAAAGAGAUAAAGAAGAUCAGAGAAGCUCUCAGAAAAGCAGAGGAGAGAACAGAAGACCUGGAGUAUGAGAAAGACAGCGCACUGAGACAGCUCCACUCCUCUGAAGAGCGGAAACAUGAGGCAAUUAACCAAGCAGAAGAGUUGGAACAAAGACUGAGCAGCUCCAUCCAGACCCAGAAAGAGCUAGAGGACCAGCUGAAUGAGUCCCGCAGCCGUCUGGGACAAAUGGAGCUGGAAAAAGACAUGUUUUCCACUAAAACCCGGAGACUAGAAGACAAUCUGAAUGACUUAAAGGUCAAACUAUCCGGAGCUUUAAUGGACAAAGACCGUCUUGUCCAGGAGAAAGCAGAGCUCCAUCAGAGGAUCCAGGCUUUGGAUCUGCAGUUGCAGAGGGAGCAGAGGAGCAAACAGGGCUUCACCGAGCAGGUGUGUGAGCUCCAUUCUGAGCUGUCUCAAGCUAAGAGCCAGACCAACAAACAGAAGAGGGAAACCAUGUUGAUGAAGGAGGAGCUGCUUUCCAUUAAAGAGUUGAAGGAAAAGCUGUCAUCUGAUCUGACCAAAGCUACAGAGAGACUACAGGUGACUCUUAACCAGCUACACGAGCUGGAGGCAGAGAAACUGAUCCAAACCAAUCAGAUUGUGGCACUGGAGACUGAGCGCUUGCAGCUGAUAGGAGAGAAAGAAGAACUGAGGAAAACAUUUGAUGAUGGACUUCAUGAGAAGAUGAUAGAGCUGGGAGAGAGAUGCUGCCAGCACAGAGAAUUGCAGGACAAUCUAGAACAAGAAAAUCAGACUCUGCAAUUAAAAUGUCAAGACCUGGAAAAAAAAGUCAAAAUCUCGGAGGCGGGGUAUAAGCAUAAAGAGGAGGAGCAACAGCAAAUGAGGGCGGAGCUUGAGCAGGAAAAGGAGGAGUUGAGGAAACUGGCUGCUCACUGGAAUGAGAGGUGGCUGGAUGUGGCGAUGACGUUAUGCUCGACACAAGCAGAACUCGAUGAGCUCAAGAGUCAACAGCGAGUGAAUGACAACCGAGAGCCUGAAGUUUCGCAACAGAUAGAGCCUGAGAGGGACCAAAGCCAAGUGCAGCAGAGACUCACGGGUAGCUCUGUGUCUCUUGAAGUCGUGGAUGGAGAGUUGGUGCAGGUGAAGGCGGAGCUGCUGAAGGUGAGGGACAUGCUGAAGAUCAGAGACACUGAGCUGGAGGAACAGCUCCAGGAGCUGCAGUCUGCUUGCCAUCAGGAGUCACAACAGAGCGGUGAGGUCCAGAGGUUGGAGCAGCUUCUUGCAAAGAGAGAUCAGGAAAUUAAAGAAAAAGAUCAAGAUCUGAAGAACCUGGAGAUACAGAGGAUAACACAGAAAGCAGAGGCUCAGAUCAAGAUAUCCGCCCUGGAGCAGGAGAUUUUUGGACACAAAGGUCUGCUGUCGAGAAAGGAAGUGGUCAGUGAAUGCAGUCCUGAGUCACUGAAGGCCCUGCUAGAAGAAGGCAGAAGGCGAGCAGAAACGCUUGAGCAGGAAAGAGACCGAGCUUUACAAAAACGGCAGGAUCUUGAACCUCCCCAGCAGGACAAAACAGAGAAAGAAUCUCCAUUAGAGACUAAAAAACAGAAACCCGCGGGUUCGGACCUUGUAGAUCCAAACCAACAGAGGAGGCUGGUCACCGAGCAGCUGAAAAGUCUGUUCAGAGAGAGAGAGCAGCGUGGAGAGAGGUCUCCAGUUUUCACAAGAAGAUCUGGUUUGGUCGACAGCAGGGUCCAAAAUGCUACAAGUACUGAGAACUGGAAUGCUCUUGACACAUUAAACCAUCAGGGGGAAAAAACACAGGAACUGGAGCAGGAACUCCAGCAGGGGGCAGCAAAGAGGUCUUCAUCCCAGAUCUCAGUCUCUCAGGGGGGAUCAACAAGGUCGGAGAAAGGGGAGGAGCAGAAACAGCCCACCAGUGUGAAGAACCACAGCAAGACAUCCAAGGACAAAUUUCCCCUGGGCUGCAGUGAUGGAACAUUCCUUGCAAGGCAGGUUGAGGUUUGUGGCUCAGAUUUGGAAGAUACGGAAGGGUCCAUUUGAAGAGGAGAGGGGAGCCAGCGUCUGAAGUGAUGAGAAUCCAUUGUGAAAAUCCAUACUGCACUGACAGUUUCUUUAUUAAUUGCCAUUUAUUAUGAAUUAAACAG